AUGGCGCGGAGGUCAAGGAGCAGCGCCGGCCAGCGCUCAACAUGGUCCAUCGCCCUCUACCUUCUCCUCGUCCUCGUCGGCGGCUUGAUGCUCGCGCGACCAGCCCGAGCUGAGCAGGCACCGUUGAAGGAUGAUUCGGGUAACACCGUCUCUGGACCCGUCAUCGGAAUCGAUUUGGGAACUACCUACUCUUGCGUCGGUGUCAUGAAGAACGGAAAGGUCGAGAUCAUGGUCAACGACCAGGGUAACCGUAUCACUCCCUCUUGGGUCGCUUUCACGGAUGAGGAACGCCUUGUCGGUGACGCCGCAAAGAAUCAAUACGCCAGCAACCCCCACCGAACCAUCUUCGACAUCAAGCGUCUCAUUGGACGCAAGUUCAACGAGAAGGAGGUCCAGAAUGAUAUCAAGCACUUCCCCUUCAAGGUCAUCAACAAGAACGGCCAGCCCAACGUCAAGGUUGAUGUCCAGGGCAGCGAGAAGACCUUCACCCCCGAGGAGGUUUCCGCCAUGGUUCUCGGCAAGAUGAAGGAAGUCGCUGAGAGCUAUCUCGGAGAGACCGUCAAGAACGCCGUCGUCACCGUCCCCGCCUACUUCAACGACGCCCAGCGUGCCGCCACCAAGGACGCUGGUACUAUCGCCGGUCUUAACGUCCUCCGUGUCGUUAACGAGCCUACCGCAGCCGCGUUGGCCUAUGGUCUUGAUAAGACCGACCAGAAGGAGCGCCAGGUUAUCGUCUACGAUCUUGGUGGUGGUACUUUCGAUGUGUCCAUCCUCACCAUUGAGGAGGGUGUUUUCGAGGUCCAGUCUACUGCCGGUGAUACCCAUCUCGGUGGUGAAGAUUUCGAUAACCGUGUCAUCAACUACUUCGCCAAGAAGUACAACAAGGAGAAGAGCGUUGACAUCACCAAGGACGCUAAGACUAUGGGUAAACUGAAGCGCGAGGUCGAGAAGGCCAAGCGUACCCUCUCCGCCCAGAAGACCGCUAAGAUUGAGAUCGAGUCCUUCCACAAGGGCGAGGAUUUCUCUGAGACUCUUACCCGCGCCAAGUUCGAGGAGCUCAACAACGACCUCUUCAAGAAGACUCUCAAGCCCGUCGAGCAGGUCCUCAAGGAUGCCAAGAUGAAGAAGUCUGACAUUGACGACAUCGUCCUCGUUGGUGGUUCCACCCGUAUCCCCAAGGUCCAGCAGAUGCUCGAGGAGUACUUUGGCAAGAAGGCCCGUAAGGACGUCAACCCCGAUGAGGCUGUUGCUUUCGGUGCCGCCGUUCAGGGUGGUGUUCUCGCUGGUGACGAAGCUACCACUGAGAUCAUCCUCAUGGAUGUCAACCCGCUCACCCUCGGUAUCGAGACCACCGGUGGAGUCAUGACCCACUUGAUCAAGCGUGGUACCAACAUCCCCACCAGGAAGAGCCAGAUCUUCUCCACCGCCGCCGACAACCAGCCCGUCGUCCUUAUCCAGGUCUUCGAGGGCGAGCGUUCCAUGACAAAGGACAACAACUUGCUUGGAAAGUUCGAGCUCACCAACAUCCCCCCGGCACCCCGUGGCGUUCCUCAGAUCGAGGUCACCUUCGAGCUUGAUGCCAACGGUAUCCUCAAGGUCGGUGCUGUUGACAAGGGCACUGGCAAGAGCGAGUCUAUCACUAUCACCAACGACAAGGGCCGUCUCACCCAGGAUGAGAUUGACCGCAUGGUUGAGGAGGCCGAGAAGUAUGCCGAAGAGGACAAGGCCACCAGGGAGCGCAUCGAGGCCCGCAACAAGCUCGAGAACUACGCCUACAGCUUGAAGAACCAGCUCAACGACGACGAGGGACUCGGUGGCAAGGUCGAGGAUGACGACAAGGAGUCUCUCCUCGAGGCCAUCAAGGAGACCCAGGACUGGCUCGAGGAGAACGCCGCCGCCGCAACCAACGAGGACUUUGACGAGCAGUUUGAGAAGUUGUCUGGCGUCGCCUACCCCAUCACUUCUAAGCUCUACGGCCAGUCCGGAGCUGGAGGCAUGCCUGACUACGACAACGAAGGCGAUGAUGCCGGCCACGACGAGUUGUAA